AUGCCAAAGCCUCUGCAGCACGAAGAGCGGAUCCAAUUAGCACUGGAGGCCUUACGUUCAGGCGAAACCCAAAGCAUUCGCAAAGCUGCGGCUGCAUUUUAUGUACCAAGGGCGACUCUCCAAGAACGCGUCAAAGGUGGUGCUACGCGUCAACAAGCACAAGUCAAGAACCGAAAGCUACACCCAACUGAAGAAGCAGCCUUGAUUAAAUGGAUCGAGUCACUGGACGACCGUGGUAUGUCGCCAACGAUCAGCUACAUUCGACAAAUGGCCGAUCUUCUUCUCCGCGAGCGUGGAAACUUGAUGUUGCUCGACGCGUCUAUCGCAACUACUCCGGUCCCUGCAAUGACUGUUGGCGAGAACUGGGUUCAUCGGCUUCUUGAUCGGCAUCCCCAUUUGAAGACGAAGUAUUCAAGAAAGUAUGGCUAUCAGCGAGCCUUAUGCAAAGACCCAGAGAAGAUUUCAGCGUGGUUUGCACGGGUGCAAAAGAAGAUCAACGAGUACGGAGUCCUCGACGUUGUUAUUCAGCCAGGGAACCGAGAGUGGACGACAGUCAUUGAAUGCAUCAACGCAACUGGUUGGGCACUUGAUCCAUUGAUUAUCUUCGAAGGAAAAGUCCACAUUUCGUCAUGGUACGACAUCUCAGCACUGCCAAAGACGUGGCGGAUUGGAGUCGGCGAUAACGGCUGGACAACCGAUGAGCUUACCUUUGCGUGGCUUCGAGAAGCCUUCGAGCCACAGACACGAAACCGGACUGUUGGUCGAUAUCGGCUUCUUAUCCUCGAUGGUCAUGCAAGUCAUUCGACGCCUGAAUUCGACAAAUUCUGUACUGAACAUCGGAUCCUUACAGAGUGUAUGCCUCCGCACUCGUCGCACUGCCUCCAGCCCCUUGACGCUAGCUGUUUUGCUGUGCUGAAGCGGACGUACGGCGACCUCGUCAAAGAGAUGAUAGCACUCGGGGUUUAUCACAUCCACAAACCAAGGUUCCUCGAACUGUUUCUUGAAGCUCAGAAAAAGACGUUCAGCACAAGAAACAUCGCAAGUGGCUUUAGGGCUACAGGGCUCGUGCCUCUCGAUCCAACUCAGGUUCUUUGUCGGCUACAAACCAGGAUACGGACACCGAGUCCCCCUCCUACCCCUACCCAACCGCCAAGUCUGCCUCUCAAAACGCCAGUAAACAUCGUCGAACUUAGAUGGCAAUGCACAACGCUGCUCUUGUGCAGGAAGAGAACUGGCGACUUCGAGCUGAAAAUGGUCGACAAAAAAGAAAGCGGGCACGCCGAGCUUUCAUUCAGGCAGGAGGGACUAUGA